GACAUGGAACCGCUGAUAUUUUCAGUUAGAAUGUGUUGUAUUUGUGUUUAAACUGGUGUUUGAAGGAUGAAAACUGUCGGCCGCAGAGUCUUCGCGAUAGUUUUACUGUUAGCUGUCAAUGUGUGCGUGUCGAGGCAAGGCGAGGGAGGCGACUCGUUGGAUCGCAAUGAAAGGGAGGUUGAUGUGGGACGCAAGAGUACUUCUGUUAAUAACCAACAAGCAUCUGCAGAACACGGAAACGCACACCGUUUAAACCAGGAGCUCAGCGAUAAGCGGCAGCCUGUCAGCAAGUCCAAUGAUACUGACAAUUCCAGCAAUGACACCCUCCAUUCUACGACCCCGGCCGCCAAGCCUACCACCCCGGCUCCUCCAACCCUUAAACCCAUCUUACCUGUGCAGACAGGGGUCAAGGCCCAGGAGGAGGAGCAGUCCAGUGGAAUGACCAUAUUCUUUAGCUUGCUGGUUAUUGGUAUUUGCAUCAUAUUGGUGCAUCUGCUUAUUAAGUUCAAGCUGCAUUUCCUUCCAGAGAGUGUGGCUGUUGUGUCCUUAGGGAUCCUAAUGGGAGGUUUCAUUAAGAUCAUCGAGUUUCAGGAACUUGCCAACUGGAAGGAAGAGGAGAUGUUUCGACCCAACAUGUUCUUCCUCUUGCUCCUGCCACCAAUCAUCUUUGAGUCUGGAUACUCUUUGCAUAAGGGUAACUUCUUCCAGAACAUUGGUUCCAUCACCCUAUUUGCUGUUAUCGGCACAGCCAUCUCUGCCUUCAUUGUCGGAGGAGGGAUCUAUUUCCUUGGACAGGCUGAUGUAAUCUAUAAGAUGACAAUGACGGACAGCUUCGCCUUCGGUUCUCUGAUUUCGGCUGUGGACCCAGUCGCAACCAUUGCCAUCUUCAACGCCCUCAAUGUGGACCCUGUUCUCAAUAUGCUGGUGUUCGGAGAAAGCAUCCUCAACGACGCCGUCUCCAUCGUACUCACCAACACGGCGGAGGGUUGUUUCUCCCGCUCAGACAACUCUAUGGUAACGGGUUGGGAGACCUUCCUGCAAGCACUGGGCUACUUUCUCAAAAUGUUCUUUGGCUCAGCUGCUCUGGGAACCCUCACUGGACUCAUUUCUGCUGUUUCUCUAAAACACUUUGACCUGCGGAAGACUCCUUCCUUGGAGUUUGGCAUGAUGAUCAUCUUUGCUUACCUACCUUAUGGACUUGCAGAGGGCAUCAAACUCUCCGGUAUCAUGUCCAUUCUGUUCUCAGGGAUUGUGAUGUCUCACUACACCCAUCACAACCUGUCUCCAGUCACACAGAUCCUCAUGCAGCAGACGCUGCGCACUGUGGCUUUUAUGUGUGAAACGUGUGUGUUUGCCUUUCUCGGUCUUUCCAUCUUCAGCUUCCCCCAUAAAUUUGAAAUUUCCUUUGUCAUCUGGUGCAUAGUCCUGGUUCUUCUGGGUCGAGCAAUAAACAUCUUUCCUUUAUCCUUUCUGCUGAACUUCUUCAGAGACCACAAAAUCACUCCCAAGAUGAUGUUUAUUAUGUGGUUCAGUGGUCUGCGAGGCGCCAUUCCCUAUGCCCUCAGCCUCCAUCUGGGCCUGGAGCCCAUCGAGAAACGCCAGCUGAUUGGCACCACCACUAUCAUCAUUGUCCUCUUUACCAUCCUCCUCAUGGGGGGUGGGACUAUGCCUCUGAUCCGUAUCAUGGACAUUGAGGAGAGCCAAUCACGUCGUAAGAGCAAGAAAGACGUCAAUCUCAGCAAGACAGAGAAAAUGGGUAAUGCCAUUGAGUCAGAGCACCUAUCCGAGCUGACAGAGGAGGAGUACGAGGCUCAGAUCUACCAGAGACAGGAUCUGAAGGGCUUCAUGUGGCUUGAUGCCAAGUACCUCAACCCCUUCUUCACACGCAGACUCACCCAGGAGGACCUGUUACACGGCCGUAUCCAGAUGAAGACUCUGACUAAUAAGUGGUAUGAGGAAGUUCGACAGGGACCUUCAGGAUCUGAAGAUGAUGACGAUGAGGCAGAGCUGCUGUAACAGAAACAAACACACACUUAGUAACUUCGAGUAGGGGUAUGUUCUAUGUUCACAGCAGAGGCUGGAUGUCUGGUGAGAAGUCAUGUCCUAUUUGACUGCCACAAAGUACCUGUUUACUUGACUCCAGGACACAUGCAGUGGACCUCAGUCAGUGGCCAAUGUUGAUCACACCACCUAAGUUCAAGCCACCACAACAGUACACCCUUGUACAAGAGCAUACGAUUUACUUGAGUCAAACCAGAACCUACACACCAUUCCUUUCUGCUAGCUUACACGAGCAUGCAGGGUAGUGGAAUUUAUCAAAUGUGUUGGCCACAGAAAUUGAAAUGAGACUGGAAAAUUGGGCAAAGCAGCAAGCAUCAGAAGAAGCAAAUAUGCCACGUUUAGUUACUCGCUAUAGCAACAUUCACAGUUAGAGUGUGAUAAUGAAAUGGUUGCAUGAGUUGGUGAGACAAUGAUUUAUUGAAAAUAAAAAGGCAUAGAAUUUCACACAGUAAAUUACAGAAUAUACAGUAGAUAAUUGUAAAAGAGACAGUCAUGAGAAAUGUUUCUGAGCAAUUUUUGUAAAGGUUAAGAUGUGUAGAGAAGGCAGAAGGGAUGUUUCCAACAUAAAGCAAUACCAGAACACCUUUUCUUUUCACUUUUGUAUCGUGCUUUUGCAAAUUAUUCAUUGCUGUGUUUGCAAUGCCUUUCUCAAUAUUUCUUAAGCUAAUAUCUGAUGUCAGAAAGGAACCAAAAAUACGCUUGGAAAAAAUGUACUUUUUUUCCAGCUUUAAUAUUCCUUAAUCUUACUAUAUGUAUCAGUGGGCCUCAUUCAUCAAUCGUUUGUAUGUACAAAUUGGUUCUUACACACCACUGGACGUUUUGUAGCUCUCGAGAUUGUCUGACAGUCAGUAGCAAAGCAUGAUGGUUAUUUGUAAUUCCUUCCGUCUUACAUCUAUUGUCUACCCCUUGCAAUGAGCGAUCACCCAGGCUUGCAGAGGCAUCAGUGUUAGCCAACUGGUAUCUAAAAUCAGGGUGCCCCAGGUUCUACUCUGGCCUCUGAGACAAAUAUCAGGGCUAACAGAUCCCAUGGGUGUGUAAGAACAAAUCAGUACCGAUGAACGAUUGAUGAAUCAGGCCUCAUGUUCUUAACACUAAAACAAGGGAUAAACUUGUUCACGAUGUCCUGUAUUCAUCAGGUUUAAGUAUUUUAUCAGAAAUAACCAAAAACGCCCCCUUAUGGUAUAUUUUAAUAGUGUGAAAAGAGUCUUAAAAGUUGUGGCUUUGAAUUACUCUUAUGAGCUCUCUGGGUUUAAUAACUCACAUUUACAACAUCUGUGAAUGUAAAUAGGUAGGUAAAAAACACUGACAUUUGAUAAAUACAUGCAAAUUAAAGACAUGACAGAAUAACAACAUGAGCUACUAUUACAGAGCUCUGGCAACUUGGCAACAUCCCUUUUAAUCGUACGCAGAUGUUUUCUGCAGAAGAAGAAUCAAAUGUACAAAAAGCAAGAGAAACCGACGAGCUUACCACGGCUGCUCAUUUAAAAUCCAUUCCCGGAGUUGAAAUUAAUCAUGAUAGUUUACGGCAUAAUAAAUAUGUUUCAGAACUUUAGAAGUCAAGUCAGUUUUAUUUGUAUAGCCCAAUAUCACACAUUACAAAUUUGCCUCAGGGGGCUUUACAGCAACUCAACAUCUAGAAGUUCCCUUUGUUCCCAGUAAUGGUGCCACAUUUUGUUUUGUUUUUUUUCCCCCCAAAAUACUGUUUUUCAAUUCUCUUUUAUUUUUUUCCCUUCCACUCUGCAGAACUUGAAAUAAGGCAUUGCUCUUGUAAUUUUAAAUGUGAAUUUCAGUACUGAAGAAUGCACUAAUGAAUGUUGGGCUGGGUGGGAAUGAAGUCUUGUGGAGGUCUUUGUGUUCAUCUGCUUUUCUAUUUAUUAAUCUCGUCUUUGUGUGCGUGUUGUUGCUGCGAUAUGAGGCUUUUAUAUGAGCUCUGUGAGCGUCGCAGGAUUGUAGAAAGAUAAUGUUAUCUAUAAUAAAUUAACUGGAGGCUGGCUGAACA